AUGUCAUUGGAAGAAGAGGGUAUUUGUUUUCAUAGUGAUGCAAGUGAUGAAGAUAUAAGUAGAGAAAACACAACAGACUUGAAUGAGAUUGUAUCAACACCUAAGAUUGGAAUGAAUUUUGAUUCAUUGGAUGCCUUAUUUUUGCACUACAAAAUAUAUGGAAGGCAAGAAGGUUUUGGUGUUAAGAAGAAAACAAGUCGUAAGUCACUGAAUGGGAAAAUAACAUUUGUUUGCUUUUCAUGUUCUCGAGCUAGGAAAUCACAACCCACAAAACAAAAUUUUCUCAUUCCUAAUCCACAGAUGAAAACAGAUUGCAAAGCAAGAAUUAAUGCUACCUUGUUUGAAGAUGGAAAAUGCAAGAUUAAUUAUGUUGUGCUUGAACAUAAUCAUUGUCUAAGUCCACACAGAUCACGAUUCUACACUUGCAAUAGAGAAAUAAGUAUAGGGGUACAAAGAAGGUUAGAACUAAAUGAUCGAGCUGGGGUUAGUGUGGCAAAAAAAUUUCAAACACUUGUAGUAGAAGCUGGUGGUCAUGAUAAAGUUCCAUUCUUAGAAAAAGAUUGUAGAAAUUUUGUUGAUAAAGCUAGGCGUUUGCGCUUAGGAAUUGGAGAUGCCAAAGCAAUCCAUGAUUAUUUCAUGAGUAUGCAAGCUAAGAAUUCUAGCUUCUUUUACAUGAUGGAUUUAGAUGAUGAUGGUCGAAUAAAAAAUGUAUUUUGGGCCAAUUCUAGGAGUAGAGCAUUAUAUGAAGAGUUUGGUGAUGUUGUUACGUUUGACACAACAUACAUGACAAAUAAAUAUGAUUUGCCAUUUGCACCUUUUGUAGGAGUAAAUCAUCACAGACACUAUAUCUUGUUGGGGUGUGGAUUGUUAUCAAAUGAGGACACUAAUACAUUUAUUUGGUUGUUCAAAACAUGGCUUACAUGCAUGAAUGAGUGUGCACCGAUUGCUAUAAUCACUGACCAAGACAAAGCAAUGAAAAAGGCUAUAGAAGUUGUAUUUCCUGAAACUCGACAUCGUUGGUGUUUAUGGCAUAUAUUGAAAAAGAUACCUGAAAAGUUAAGGGGAUACAAAUUUUAUGAACAAAUAAAGAAUGUCUUGAAAAAUGUGGUUUAUGAUUCCUUAACCAAGGAAGAAUUUGAAGAAAAAUGGGGAGAUUUUCUCAAUGAGUUUAAUCUUUUAGAGAAUGUGUGGUUGAAUGAUUUAUAUGAGGAGAGACAUCGUUGGGUUCCUACAUUUGUGAUAGACACUUUUUGGGCAGGUAUGUCAACUACUCAACGUAGUGAAAGUAUGAAUUCAUUUUUUGAUGAUUAUGUAAAUUCGAAGACAUCAUUGAAGCAAUUUGUUGAACAAUAUGACCUUGCUUUAAGAAAUAAGGUUGAGAAAGAAAACCUUGCAAAUUUUCAGUCUUUCAGUACUGAAAUCCUGUGUGUAACACAUUUUGAGAUAGAAAAGCAAUUUCAAAUGAUCUAUACUCAUUCUAAGUUUAAGGAAUUACAACAUGAGCUAACUAGGAAGCUAUAUUGUAAUGUUUCUUGUAAAGGUGAGAAAGAUGGUGCAUAUUAUGUAACUGAGACUUUAUUUAUUGGAGAUAAACAAAAAGAAAUGGGUUAUAAUGUUCAGUUCAAUAACGAGACAUGUGAGGUAAAAUGUGCUUGUCGACUAUUUGAAUUUAAAGGGAUCAUUUGUAGGCAUGCGUUAUCAGUUUUGAUACGAGAACAUGUCAAAAGUGUGCCAGAAAAGUAUAUUGUACCACGGUGGAGGAAAGAUAUAAAACAAUGCCAUACAAGAAUCAAGGUCAACUAUAAUGAAUGGAGUGGAAGUUUUGAAACUCAACGGUAUGAUAGAUUGUAA